AUGGAAAUUCGUGUGAAGGUAUUGUGUUUGUGGGAAGAGAAAGGUCCAAGUUUGGAGAUGGUUUUAUCUGAUAUAAAGGGUGUAAAGGUCCAAUGCUCCUUUCGUGGAGAUGUUUAUGAUCGUUUUGUCUCAAAGUUCAAGGUCGGUGAUUGGCUUGAUUUCGAAGAUUUUAAGGUUGUUGAACAGAAUGGUUCAUGUUUAGCUACUACACAUCGUUAUAAAAUUGUUAUUUUGUACAAUACCAAAUGCAAAGAGAAUUCAAUUGUUGGAGGGGAAGAUUUCUAUGAUUUCGUCGAUUUCAAUCUCAUUCAUCAGGAGCAAAAGAAAAACAUUACUUUUCAUGAUCACUCUGAAUCAGAUUGCACAAUAUUUGAAGAAUCUGAAGAUGACAGUGAUAUUGGAGAUCAGGACGAUGAUGAUUAUAUACAAGAAGCAAGUAAUGAGGAAGAUGAUAUUUGUUAUGAUACAAUGGAUGAAGAAGAGGGUGAUACUGAAGAAGAAAUUGAUGAUGAGGACGAAUAUCAAUCAAAUGAUAGUGGUAACGAUGAUCAUAAUGACGAUAAAUAUGUCCAAGAUUUAGAUGAGGAGGAAGAGGACGAUGAGCUGCAAAGUACUGACGAAAAUCUUAAAAUAAAUUCUAGAGGAGAGGAUUACUCAAUUAACCACAAAAUCUCUUUUGAUCUUCGUGAUUUCAGGUAA